AUGGCUCCGAGCUUGACGUCUCGUAAGAAGGCUGGUGUCAAAGCGGGAACCUCGGAUGUUAAAGACAGUGGCCAGUCCGCGACAGUAAGACGGCGAAAAUGGCUCCAAUCACUCUCAGAAGAGAAGCGGAACGAAAUAAGGCUAAAGGAUAGACUCAGAAAAAAGCAGGAACGCGCUAAACAACGAGAGAACCGUGACGGACAUGUUCAGGACACCACAAUGCCACCUCAAGUUGGUUCGUCGAGAGAUAUUGCGUUGGACAUUGAUGUAGAUGACGAAGAAAGUGAUGGACCUGUCAUCGCCACAACACUCUCACGCCCGCAUCGGGUCUCAAGGCUUGUGCGGGUCGACAGCGAUACAUCCGACACUGAACGAGAUGAACUUGCUGCUGCUCCCAAUACCAAGUCUCACCAUAUUGCAUCGACACACUUGCAGAUGGACUACACAGCUAAUGGUGUAAAAGAUUUGACUGUGGGUGUUGUUGGACGGAAGCUUCCUGCACAAUCGGCCACGGUACAAUGGCCGGAUGGAAGGAUAACCGUCCUGCCUACGAUCAUCAAGAAAGGUGUCAACAUUUGCGAAUCCGUGGAUGUUCAAGUGGUGAAGUUUUUCGCCUCUUUCCCAGAGUCAACUCCAUCAUCGAAGCAUGUCCUGCACCUGUCUGCUGCUCAUAUGGAACGUGACGACAUCAUUCAAACGGUUGAAUGUUCCCUUCGUGACAACAAACCCGUGGUAAUUCGAGGGAACGGAAUAAAUGCUCCAGCGCAGAUGACAACAGAUUGGCUCGACCACAAGUUCGGAAUAAAUCCAGAUAUGCCUGUGUCAAUUCAUGAUGCUGAAGCACGUGUCGCAGAUUCUGCACAUCCUCACAAGCCAGGAACAAUUUCGUCCCUUGUCGCAGGUAUGAAUGACCCAACAAAGAUACAAUGCGUUCUGGACUUGCCAUAUGUACAUGGAGGACUACCAGAGCGCUUGAGAAAUCUCGAUCACGGACGACGCUUUGGAUGGAGUCAGACGACACAACAGUGCCCCAUUCGCGAGGCGGUACAUCCCGACAACUUCACAUCCCACUUUUGGGCGCUCUUGCAUCAGGCUGGGUAUGUCUCGUUUGCUCAUCACGAUGCCGAUGGUGUUGCAACAUACAUUCGCAUCGAGUCGGGGGGAAAAAUGUGGAUUUUCUUUCGCCUGAAAUCCCAAAAGGGUGGCCGUACUGCUUAUGCAAAUUCGAUGAUGAAACUUGUGGGCUAUCCAGAUGACAAGGAGGAGGUACACAGGUUGUGGGAUGCUGAAGUGGUUUACUUGGGUCCCGGAGAUCUCGUCAUACAGCCGCCUGGUCAGGUUCACGGCGCUUAUACGCCCGUGGAAGGCUUUGCAACGGGGGCCUCCUUCUUCAACCUCGCAUCGAUGCAUCUUUCGGAGAGGGCCCGCUACAUGGACCACAAGAAGGCCGAUUUUCUUACUAAUCAAACACACGCCUACUCUUACGCCCUAGAGACGAUGAGGAGAAUAGCAAUCGCUGUUCCGCAUCUAUCGAAAAGAAUUCCUCUGUAUCGACGUUCGCUAAUGAGUCUUUGUCUCAUGGUCAUCAAAUGCCAGGACUACAUCGCAGCUGAUGUUCAAACCCGUAAGAUCCAACCCUCGGAAACUGCUUUUCUCGCCGAAGACAUCUGCCGCAACAUCGUGACGUUUCUUGGAAUCAAAAACAUUGGAAGCAUCUCCACGACACUCUUCAGAGACAGACAGGACAUCGCGGGCGAGCCUGUAGAUAGGGACUUGUUAUGGGGGCAUUUGGCACGGUUCAGGGAGGACACGUGA